AUGCGGCGCGGGAGCUACGUCAGCGGUGGCUUUUCCCGAUUCAGGCUAGCACGCUUUGUCACGGUGUUGUGCGUCGCGGAUAAACAUGUCGUGCACGUCAAACACGACGCAUCAAAGCAACAGCAACAGCAGCCGCAGCUAUAUCACAGUGCCCGCGCAUCGCCGCUUCCCGAAGUACUGUCCCUCGCACCUCCCUCUUCAUGUCCGCCCGCAGCCUCCCUGCUCCACACCGUCACCAUGUCAAUGCUGUCGAGCCCGCCGCGUUUCCUCCCCCCCAUAUCGCCGCAUCGCGCUCCAUCGCCCACCAUGUCGCCCGGCGGCCGCAGAGGAAGGACGCUGGGCAGCACUGAGGAAGGCCAUCUACGUGACCUCUCGCCCAAUACCACCCUGCGCGCGUUCACGCAGAAGCCCAUGCCAUAUGACACCAGCCGCGACGAAUACAAGAUAUUUGCCUGCAUUGAGGCGCUGACGCCUGCGGAGCGCGACCUGGGUGCGCGAGUGGCCAAGGCAGCGCAGCGGCUGAAGAGCUGGUGCGACGAGGUCGCACAGUGGGGUUGGUCGGGCAGCUUCGAGCAGCCAAGCGAGGAGUACAAGGAGCGGCGGCGGAAGAGUAUUGAACUGCGCAUCAGAGAGCACGUCAAAGAUGCCGAGCUUGCCGAGAGCCUUCCCCCGCUCGAAUACUGGGGCUCGCUGCUGUCGGUGGAGGUCGAGGCCCACGAAGCGAGGCUCGAUGAGAUCAGCGACGAGCUGCUGGCGCUGGAUGUUGAAGAGCUGAAGGAGCAUGUCAUGGACAUGCAUCCAUCCAGCAGAUCUCGGCCGUCAUCGGCGGGGUACGAAGCGAGCCGCGAGAACUACAAGCCCCUAGACGACUUCAGCUUCCUCAUUACCCAGACGCUGCUCUUUGCGCUGCCGCAUCACUUCCAGCUCAAGGAGCGACUGAGCACAUGGACCGCGCGCGUUACCGUCCUCCGCGAAGCCCCGCAGUACCUCGACGACCUCAAAACCGCCAAAAAGGCGAUGCGUCUGGGCUGGGAAGCACUUGAUCCGCCAGAAGACGCUUCCGAUGCAGCUUUCGACAAGUGGAAGGAGGCUGUUGAUACGAUAUCAGGUGUCUUGCAGGGUAGAGUCAGUGAUUUAGGUCGGCGGCUGGACAGAAUGUUGGAUACGCUGGAAGCACGCGAGGACUGUCUGCCAGACGGCUGGAUCGACGUUUUCGAGAGCGUGGAGGCUGACUUUGGGCGUUGGGCGCACGACUCGCGAAAGAGAGUGAUCGAGUUCGAUGUGCGGAGAAGGGCGGAACACAAUGGAGUUGAGAAGGCAUCCGGACGACAUUCAGCUGAGAGGCUAGACGCAUUUUCCGACCCCGUUGUCGCACCAACGCCAGAAGACAACAAACAACUAUCAGCGGCAGCUAAAAAACCCGAGGCCGCAACCAUUCCAGAUAGCGUGGAAGGUGAACCACGGUCGGUAACUGCGCUAGAGGCGGAUAUUCCCGAAGCUAUCAACCAACUUGUAGAGCCACUGGCCGUGGAAAGUGCACCGCAAGAAGGAGACCCCGAACCACAGAGUCCUGAGGGGGAAUCUGUCUUCGAGGAAGGCGACACUGUGGUGCACAAUGAGAUCGAGGAGAGCCCCUCUGAUGGUGGUGAUGUGCGACCUCAUCCCAUAAGUUUCGCGCAUGCUCCGGUGGUCAUUAGCAAGGAAGACGGCAGUGAUCCGACGGUAGACCGACCCCAGACUCCCAGGUCACGACGUGGUAGCGUCGAUUCCAUUUCUUCAGAUAUCUCACUCUUAUCAAGCCCACCCAGCGUUACUGAAGAAUCUCCGUCCGUUCGCAACGCCACGAAUCGCGCGGCUAGAGCACCGCGACCCGCGCUCAAUGCUGCAAUGAGCAAGCGCCGCCCUGUGAAAAGUUCGAAUCACCUAUCCAUCGAGAGUGCGCCAUGGCCGCCGACCCAGUUCUCUCAGAAGUCCCCUGCAGGCGGCGAUACUCUUGACCGGAAAAUCUCCGAUAUUCUCACCACUAUUCCUGCCCACAUCCGCCUCACCUCGGGCGCGGGAGCCGAUGCGCGCGAAGCCAAGUCAUCACGCGGUGUAACAAGCAAAAGCAGUAAGGGUUACCUUCGUGCCAAACGCUCCUUCAGCGGCUUGAAGUCCCCUGAGCUUACCUUGUCACCCGUGAAGCAAGACUUUGACUCGGCUAACGCUGCUUCAGGGCGAAAGUCUGCGGCAGCAAUGAGAGGCGACAAUGAUAUUAAGGUCUAUCAUCUGACACAGCCCGGGAAAGAGCAUCCGAUCAAGCUGUACAUACGUCGCGUGGGCGAGAACGGUGAGCGCGUCAUGGUUCGAGUCGGUGGCGGCUGGGCCGACCUAGGCGAGUAUCUGAGAUCCUACGCCGAGCAUCACGGUCGACGAACAGCCAGCGAUGGCAAGUUCGAAAUUCUCGGUUUGGAGGUUAAGAACACGGAGCUCUCACCCAGCAGACCGGAGAGCGCUAUGAGCAGGCACGACAGACGCUUCAGCGGCGGACACCAGAGCGGUAGUCCAAACACGACACCCGUGAAAUCUGCCGGAGCAGGUAUCGCCAAGGACGAGGCACCUCCACCUAUGCCAAACUUUACUCCUACUCCAGCUGGCAGCAACGAGACGUCGGCACCUUCCACAGGAUCCUCUCGACACUCCUGGCAGGGCAACGAAGUCGGCCUCGCUGGCCCCAACAAAAAGAAACUAGACCUCAGCAAUGAGAAACUGGAGUGGAUCGAGGGCAUGAUGAAGCAAGCACGAAGCGUCAGUGGAAACAUCUCUCAUACACCGCAUCAGCGCGACGAGAGAGCCGAGAGUAGGAGUGAGAGCAGAACAGGCACGCGAAAGUCGCAGCCCGAUUUUGGAGACUUGGGCAAAGUGGGAGGCACGAAGAGGAUUUUCAUGCGUGGCGGUACAAUGAGUGAGCAUUGA